AGGAGGAGGAGGGGGUGGGGUCCUGGCAGGGUGCAAAACGCGCCAAGUUUCCCUGUGGUGGGGGAGUCGGCGACGAGAGUGACCCCCAGAGAGUUCUCGGCAGCGACGAGGGCGGGGUUUUUCCCCCCCGGGACAGGUGCCUCUUGCCUGCCCCUGCCCGCACGCCUUGCCCAUUGGGACGCGGCGGAUCGAGAAGAUGUAGCGGGCACAAUAACCACAGGUUGCAGCAGCGUUGUGUCUGGUGAGAGGGGGAAGAUGCCCGGUGUGUUGCCCGUUGACAGUAAUGGACUUUCAAGAGGCACCCCGACUAAAAAAAGUAGACUGUCCCUGAAGUUUUUUCAGAAGAGAGAAACCAAACGAGCCCUGGAUUUUGCAGAAGUGCCGGAAAAUGAGCAAAAGACUUCAGAAUAUGUGUGUUCUGAAAUUGACCAGGUAGUUCCUGCAGCACGGCCACUUUCACCCGUUCGCAUUGAGAAGAAAGACAACAUGCUGCCCUUUGUGGGUUUGAACAACCUUGGCAACACUUGUUAUCUUAACAGUGUACUCCAGGUGCUCUAUUUUUGCCCUGGUUUUAAAAUGGGAAUGAAGCAAUUAUUUAAUAUCAUUUCAAAAAAGAAGGAUGACACUGAUAAGGGGACCACCAAAGAAAAUUCUCAUGCAAGCUAUGAACUGCUCCACAGUUUACAUUCGUUGAUUGUUUCACUUGAACAGCUUCAGGCCAGUUGUCUCUUAAACCCAGAUAAAUACACAGAUGAACUUGCAGUUCAGCCAAGAAGGUUGCUGAGCACACUGAGAGAGCUGAACCCUAUGUAUGAGGGAUAUUUGCAGCAUGAUGCCCAAGAAGUAUUGCAGUGUAUUCUGGGGCAUAUUCAAGGAACAUGUCAGCUUUUGAUGGAAGAGCUAAAGCACAAAUCACCGCAAGAGCCUAUGUGCAACCUGGAAAAAGAGACCAAACAGAAUAAAAGCAGUAGUGCCAUUGUGGAGGAAGGUGGCCAUGAGCUGGAUGGCCAAGCUGAAAAGGAUUGGGCGGACAGAACAAAAGGAAAGGCAAAGAGGAAAAGUGAUGUGGAAAGUGGCAAUGAAAAGAAAAAAUCCAAAGUGUCCCAAGAGAAAGUGGGAGGUGAAGAAGUUCCGAGACAGACUCGGUCAAGGAGGAGAGCACUGGAGGAAAAAGUGGAAAACCAUUUUGAACCUUACGUUAAUGAAAUGAAGAUGCAACAUGAAAGUGAAAAUACAAAGCCAACCCAUAAGAAAUCAAAGCUUAGAUUAAAUUGGUUAAAAUCUUCCAGUAAUCAGCCUAGUAUUCUGUCUAAAUUCUGUAGUCUGGGAAAGUUGACAACAAGCUUGGGGCUCAAAGAACCAGUCAGAGAAAUGGACAGUAGCGACUUUUCAGACAAUUCCUUCAAAUAUGAAAAAGGUAGCCAGAUAAGAGGAGAACACUGUGAUGCCUCAUUUCCGGGGGAAGGCACUGCUGAAAAAGAAGUCGAAAAACAAGAUAAGAGAGAAUUAGCUGAUUUUGAUUUAGUGGAGAGACUCUUCCAGGGUCAGUUGGUGUUGAGAACACGAUGCUUAGAGUGUGAGUGUUUCACAGAGAGAAGGGAAGACUUCCAAGAUAUCAGUGUGCCAGUGCAAAAAGAUGAAAUUUCAAAAGUGGAAGAGAAUUCUGAAACUUCUCCAGAACCAAAAACUGAAGUAAAAACUCUGAAGUGGGCAAUCUCCCAGUUUGCUUCUGUGGAGAGGAUUGUGGGAGAAGACAAAUAUUUCUGUGAAAACUGCCGACAUUAUGCAGAAGCAGAACGAAGUCUUCUUUUUGAUAAACUGCCUGAAGUCAUCACAAUCCACCUGAAAUGCUUUGCUGCUAGUGGCUUAGAAUUCGAUUGUUAUGGUGGACUCUCAAAGAUAAAUACACCUUUACAGACACCUCUCAAGCUAUCAUUGGAUGACUGGAGCAUAAACCCAGGCAACGAAAUCUAUGGAUUAUUUGCAGUGGUGAUGCACAGUGGCAUUACUAUCAGCAGUGGACACUACACAGCUUCUGUUAAAAUUACAAGUCUUGAUAGCUUAGAAUUAGAUAAGGAUAAUUUCAUCACAGAUGCUUUUUGUAAAAUUUGCCCAGAGCCACUUAAUGAACGAGAAGCCAGAGCUAUUACUGAGGACUAUGAUGACGGUGAGGUUUCCUUUAGGAUUGGUGGAAAUGGGCAGCUGAAUAAAGGACUGAACAAAAAGAAUACAGAAACGGUUGGGCUUCUUGGAGGACAGAAAAGCAAGUCGAACUGUGAUUUGCCCAUUAACAGGGCAACACAUUCUGAGAAGAUAAGUAACAUGAUCACUGAAUGUAAAUAUCAUGAAUUCAGCCAUGCUAAAGAAAUCAUGGAAUUUGAACACUGUGAGCAAACCUGUGCUACUUUUAAUGGAGUAGAAAACAAAACAAUGCAUAUAAUGCAGAGCCUGAAAGAAUAUGAGGGUAAGUGGUUACUUUUUGAUGAUUCUGAAGUGAAAGUCAUAGAGGAAAAGGACUUCCUUAACUUCUUAUCCCCUAUUUCAUCAUCUACUUCUACUCCUUACUUGUUGUUUUAUAAGAAAAUUGUAGACUGAUGUUACAUUAUUAUGUAAGCUUUUUUAAAAUCAGUUUGGCACUGAAGAGCACCUAAUGGCAUUUCUGAGGCUGCAGAAUUAAAUUCGUUAGUCUCUGACUCUAAAUAAAUUUAUAUCGUCACGUUUUAAAAGUGAAUAAUUCACCUUUUAGAUUCUAUACAAAGUAAUCUAGUAAUGCAAAUCUGUAUGUAUCCUGUUGAAUACAUGAUGUCUUAAAAGCACAGUAGUAUAUAAAACUACGAUACACUACUUGUAUAUUAACUUCAAAGAAAAUAAAUUUAUUCAUAUUCAUGUCCUUGGAUCAAUUUGUAGCAGAUGAUAAAAGUUUUCUCAUAAGGAGAAAAUGUCUGCCCCCCCAAACUGUGUUUCUGUAUACAAGUUGAGAUUGAAAAGCUCCAUUUACCCCUGCCCCCAGUUCCUCAUUUUCUCAAAAUAAAGCAGAGAAAAUGGGCUGAAUAUUCAUCCCAUUACAGUGCUUUGGCUUUUAUUUAUAUUUAAAUAAUUGACGGCUUUAUUGUUGGUAUUCCAACUAUUUUGUGUUAUUUUUAAAUAAAGAAUUGAGGCUUAUGCUUAGAGGUAUCUCAGACAGCUGUGUUCUUAAUGCAGAAGGUGUAA